AUUAAGUGAGUGAUGUUGAAAUAGUUUUAAAAAGAAAUUUUAGAAACAAUUUAUCAAAAAGUUAUAUUUUAUUAGAAAAUAUGUAUGUUAAGUUUACUGUUAACAAACAUAUUAAUCACAAAAUCAGGAAUAACUUUAUUUAGAAUCAAUCCGUAACAUGGUAAUGUAGAAUUUGAUUAAUUUGUGAGAUAGAUUUAAUAGCAAAAUAGAAUAAAAUAAUAUAUAUAUCUAAACAAUAUAUGUAUACAAUAACGUAACGAAAUGUUAGCUACGUUCUUUCUUUCGAAGAGUACUAAAACUCAAAUUACAUUGCUAUUUCAAAGGUUAAAUAUUAAGUUUAAUGUAAUAAAAACUAAUUUAUUAUCAUCAUCAUCUGAUUCUUCUUCGUCUGAUUCGGAUUCUGAUGCUGAAAUUUCUGAUAAAAUUAAAAAUAACUUAAGAGGUAUAGACUACUUACAAAGUAGAAAAAAAGAACAAAAAAGAAGACAAAUAGAGAACGAGUUAACUAAAGCAACCCAAAUUUUAACUACAACAUCAGACCAAGAUAAAGGAAAAAUUCUUUCAGUUUUGUUAGAUACUAUUAAUAAAAUUCAGACUAUAGAUAAUACAUCAAGUGAAAGUAAUAAAGAUAUAGCUGAACAUAAGACAAGGACUACUAAUAACAAAUCUGAAGUACCACGAAAAUCAUCUAUAAUUUAUAAGCUAAAAAGUCAGCAAAAGGAAGUAAGGGAUGUUAGUGAUAAGUUUGAAGAAAAACAUGAAACACAAAAGGAACCAUCAAUAAUUAAAAUGCUUAAAAGUCAGUCAAGUAAGAGAAAGGGUAUUGAUGAUAAAUUUGAAAUGAAAUAUGAAAGACGAAUGAAACCAUCUAUAAUUUAUGAACUAAAAAGUCAGCAAAAGGAAGUAAGGGAUGUUAGUGAUAAGUUUGAAGAAAAACAUGAAACACAAAAGGAACCAUCAAUAAUUAAAAUGCUUAAAAGUCAGUCAAGUAAGAGAAAGGAUAUUGAUGAUAAGUUUGAAAUGAAAUAUGAAAGGCAAACGAAACCAUCUAUAAUUUAUGAGCUAAAAAGUCAGCAAAAGAAAUUAAGCCAUGUUAGUGAUAAGUUUGAAGAAAAACAUGAAACACAAAAGGAACCAUCAAUAAUUAAAAUGCUUAAAAGUCAGUCAAGUAAGAGAAAGGAUAUUGAUGAUAAGUUUGAAAUGAAAUAUGAAAGACGAACGAAACCAUCUAUAAUUUAUGAGCUAAAAAGUCAGCAAAAGAAAUUAAGCCAUGUUAGUGAUAAGCUUGGUUCGAUACAUGAAACACGAAAGAAACCAUCAAUAAAUGGGAUGCUAAAAUAUAUAGCUGAGAGUAAAUCACCUGUAACUGCAGAACUAAUCAGCCAGCAAAAGAGAUUCAGCAUCAUUGAUGAUAAUAAGAGAGAUAAUACAGAUUAUGAAAGAAUCUUCGACGAUUUUUCGGAAAAUACCGAUGUUCCUAAAUUUAAAAUGUGGGACACUUGGGAAAGAGAUGAAUUGCAACUUUCAUUUUCUAAAUACCCUACAAAUGCAUUUCAAGAAAUGAUUCAAUGGUCUAAAGAAGGAAAACUAUGGAAAUUUCCUAUAGAUAAUGAACAAGGGAUGGAAAAGGAACAAAAUGUGCAUUUCUCAAAGCAUGUAUUCUUAGAACGUGAGUUGACACCAUGGUGUCCUCCUAAGGGUCCAAUACGACAUUUUAUGGAAUUGGUAUGUGUUGGACUUUCGAAGAACCCAUAUAUGACAAUUGAAGAAAAGUAUGAUCAUAUAAUGUGGUAUAAAAAUUAUUUUAAGGAUAAACAUGAUUUAUUAGAAAAAUUAGGAGUUUUAGGAUAGAACUAGUACAAAAAACUGGCAAAAAAACAAAUUGUAUUAACUGCUGUUUAAAAAUGAAGAUGAAAUAAAAUGAUACACAUAA